UUGACUUCGGGUGGAAGUAAAGUAAUACUUUGGUCAACACCCACCGACAAAGUCUAGCAGGUGUGGUUGCAUAUGUAAAAAAACCUUGUUGCUCUUCUUGAUUCCCUAACGUUUCGAGUUUGUUCUCUCUCGAAACCCGAGAUGGCGGAUGGGAAUAUUCAAUCACGUUAUGUGAAGUUAACUAAAGAUCAAGAUGCAGUUGCUGAAGAUAUUCAACCCGGUGAGCUUAACCAACCUGUUCAUGUACCUCAGUUAACUGUUCACAGAUGUAACGAGUGUGGUCAACCCCUUCCUGAGAGUUAUGAACCCCCUUCAGAUGAACCUUGGAGCACUGGGAUUUUCGGCUGUGCAGACGACACUGACAGCUGUUGGACCGGAUUGUUUUGCCCAUGUGUGUUGUUUGGGCGUAAUGUUAAAAACUUGAGGGAAGACAUCGAGUGGACUAAGCCUUGCAUUUGUCAUGCCAUCUUUGUUGAAGGUGGUAUUGCACUUGCAACAGCAACGGCAGUCUUUCAUGGUAUUGAUCCGAGGACAUCGUUUCUCAUAUGUGAGAGUUUGAUGUUUGCUUGGUGGAUGUGUGGUAUCUACACUGGUCUUUUUCGACAGUCGCUGCAGAAAAAAUAUCAUCUCAAGAAUUCCCCCUGUGAUCCCUGUAUGGUGCAUUGUUGUAUGCAUUGGUGUGCUAUGUGUCAGGAGCACAGAGAAAUGAAAGGACGGCUUUCUGAUAACAUGGUAAUGCCUAUGACCAUCAUCAAUCCUCCCCCAGUUCAGGAGAUGAGUGCAAGCAGCAGCCAGGAACCUGCCACAACAACUGCCUCUGCUAAUGGUGGUGCUGAAAACACUAGCACUAGCACUAGUUUGGAGAUUCAACCAUUGUAGGAACUUCUUCUUAUCUACUGUAUGUAGUACAUAAGCCAAAGGAAAAAAAAAAGGAACAAAUGAUACUCGGAGUUCUAGAAAUUAGAGAUUUUUCUGGGUCUUGCUCUGUUUUUGUGUUUACUCAUGGAUGGUUUUAUAUACAAACUAUUGUGCAGCACUCUGGUAGUGAAGCAUGCCGCCGUGACAAUCACCAUGGAUCAAACAAUUUUUUCUAGAAAAGGUUCGGUUCAAAUAGAUUUUCUUCUUUCUUUCUCGUUUA